GCAUCUUUGGAGCGUGAUGGUGAAGGGCACAGGUCGUCCAUGAAUCUUUACAGAUUCAAGGACAGCUGAAUCAUCCCGAAUGAUUCGUUUUUGGCUGCUGACGUGCCGCGUUUUAUUCGGCGUUGAUGUGAGAAAACCAAUUCUUAAGUGAGGAACGAAAUCCUCUGUCGUUUCUGAUUCAGGCCGGCAGAUCAUGCAUCUCCAAAUAUUGAGGAACCCAGUUUGCUGGUGAGGCAUCCGGAGGUUCAUUAUAUGGGUUGUGGAGUUGAGGUAAAGGCGAUCGUUUCUACGAACACUACUUGAAGGGGUGGUGUUGCUUUUAGUCCGAGGCAAUUGCCCAGACGUGAUCUCAGCCUCAACAAUGCAACAGUCAGUAAUGUGGGUGGGAGUCUUAGCACUGGCUGUGCUGACUGACUUUGCUGUUGGAUCUCCUUAUGAUCAGCUUGGUUUGCAGAUGAAUGCAACAGAAGCUGACAUACUGACAGCUUACGAACAACAUUUUAGCACUUGGCCAGCAGAUACGCUGUACAAUCAAAGUGAAAUCAAGCGAAUCAUUCAGAUUGAACAUGCGUACCAACUGCUCUCUAACAAUCUGACUCGUAGAGAUUACGACUAUUUCAAUAUUGACGACUUGGAGGAAGAUGUUCUACAAGCAAUUCAGAAGUAUGAAGGAGAGGCUCAGCGGGAUGACAUCCAGUUUCCGUUAUGGGAGUCCAGAAUAUCAGGAGACAAGAUAGUAGCAACGGCAGAAAGCUUGACGUAUUCCAAUUUUGGGGACCUGGUGAUGAUGAGCUCACAGCCGUGGUUAAUACAAAUCUAUUCAGACGUCAACCCUAAUUCCAAGCGAUUUGCGUCAAUAUGGGAUAAGAUAGAAGAAUCUUUGGAGGGUGUGGUAAGGGUCGGAAGGCUGGAGCUUGGCGAACUACCCUUGGCACUAAUUCUUGCAGAAAGAAACUGGCUCAACGGGUAUCCUUUCUUUAGAAACGGUCUGCCCGCAAUUGUUGCUGUCAUGCCAUCAUGCCAAAAGUUGGAGUGUCUCAACAGAUAUUAUGGAGAAAAGACAGCGGAUGCAAUUACAGACUGGGUUGGUACGCGACUACUGAAGCUCCCUCGGAUCAUGUACUACAGUGUCAAGACUUUGAUGGCUGACAUCAUUCAGAAACCUGGACCCCAUAAGGUCAAAGUGAUCGCAUUUUCAUAUUCAGGAGAGCGUGCCGCACCGUAUAUGAGGCAGGCAGCUAAAGUUUAUCGGGAGUAUGCGGUGUUUGCAAUGGUCCUCUGGCGAGAGAGUGAAGGCGAUUUUUGGAGAAAAGAGAUUGGAGUGGAGACAGCACCGGCUCUUGUAUUUAUAAAAGACCCAGAUCUAAAGCCUGUCGUUCAUCAUGGGAAGUUGAACUCUUCAAAAUUUUUGGAAUUAAUGGAAAUGCACAAGACAUAUGAGCUUCCACAAUUGAGGAGCAUCACAGCGAGAAGCUUGGGUUGUGAUGCGUCAAGUUACUCACUGGCAGGAAAUGAAACCAGAAUCUGGUACUGCGUCAUUGUUGCUGGAAAACAAAGCUCGAAACUCGAUCAAAUGAGGAGUGCGCUCAGGGGCGUUCAAGAGCAACUCAAACUUGGUGAAGACAGAGAGUCAACGUCUAAAAUCGCGAUUAAGGCUUAUCAAGAGAAUCGACUUCGUCUAGCAUGGCUUGAUGGUGAAAUACAGAAAAACUUUUGUUAUUUCUACUUGAAUUCAGAAAGUAUGUUCGAAGCUUGUGGUCCACAAAACUAUGAGAUAGAAAACCGUCCGAGAGUAUUUCUGAUUCGCUACCUCAGAGAAGUGACGGAAGAAAAGGGAGAGGAUGAACAUAAGAAAUGGUUGCCGAAAACGACUUGGCAGAGACAGUCCGAAGAGGAAAUGAAAUUUGCACGUCAGUUGGUGACAAAAUACAAUGGUUCGUCUGAAGUAGCCGAGAUUAUAUCUUGGAUAUCUAAUAUGGUGUAUCAGGGGGACACAGAAGAGCUGCCCAGCUUUAGGGGAAAAGCUCCAGAGCUGAUUGCCGAGGAAAGCGUUCCCUUCGCUGCAAAAACUCAAGACUUCGUUUCAGAUAAGAAGGAGAAACUUUUUGAGAAGGGCAGGAAUUUCGUUUACUUAGUACAAGAUUUCAGAGAGGACCCCAAAUUCAUUCCACUUCUUCUGUUUAUUGCUCUCUUCUAUACAACUACCUGGGUUCUGAGUACCAGAUACAAGGCAAGUCCUGCUACAGCCUCAAGUGAAGUAGCAGAAGUCGGCGUCGACAAGAAAGAUGAGCUACAGGCGACACCGCAGAGAAACCCUACUGAGAUGUCAAAUUUUGAAAAAUCAGUGGGCAUGUCUGAUGGACUUAGAAGAAGGAACGAGCCUGCUCAAAGAUCUACGGUCAAAUAAUAUGUCUACACUGGCUAAAACUCCUAUCAAGUUUUAUUCAAAUGUAUCGAGGGAGCGCUUAGAACCUCGAGCAAGGGAAUUACAUGGUGUUGAAUUGUGAAUAUACUAGCUGUCAGGAAGCUUCACUCAUUUUCACCAUCCUUGAAAUUUGCAAGCCUCAAUGGAUACUUCUGGAAUGCCUUGUAUGCUGUCACAGAAGCUGAUGCCAUCAGAUGACUAUACGACCAUUCACGGAAGUUGAGCAAGAAACUAUCAAUUCGUGUUGCUCGUCGCACAUCAGAAGUCACAGUAAUCCGAUAUUGAACGGUGUGACAUUUCUUAUUAAGGCUGAUGGAGUUCAGAAUGUGCCCGAAGAUCGUAGACGGCCCUGCCUAUACGCUACUAAUGUGAAGAAAAUAGUAUCGUACAGUAGAACGGUUAGAAAUGGAUCGACCAUAUGUUGAUAAAAAUUGAGCGAAUGGGCACGGUGUCUCUCGGGAUUCUUAGCGGAAUUUUCGUCAAUCAGAUGUUUUUACAUAUUAGCAAAUAUCAUAAAUUCCAAGCUGUAUUGACUCGGAAGUGGCUCGAGGGCCUUCGGGUCAAUUCCGAUCAUUUAGUUAGCAGCUCAGCAUCAACAGAGGUCAACAGCAUAGAUCAACAGCAUUGGAAUGAUGAAAACUGUGCAGGAGGCCUAAACCGCUUGUGAAAACGUCUUGUCGUGGUUUCGAUACUGUGUAAUUCAUGAUUAUGAUGAAAACUGUGCAGGA